GCGAGGCGGUCGGGGCGUGUGAGCGGCUCGACCUGCUGCGCGUUUACGGCGUCCACGCGGGGCACGGCCCGGGGACACUGCGUCGCGCGGACGGCCUCGCCCGAGCGGGUCUCGGCGAUCGGAGGGCCGGUGCUCCCGGCCUGCCGCCCGGAGCCCCGCCUGCUGUCUGGGGCUUGGGGCUCCGCGCGGCCGGGGGAGGCCGCCCUCCCGAGUACGCGGCCGGGCGGGGAGCCGGGCCGGGCGAGAGGCGGCGCAGAGCCGUGAGGCCGCGGGCCUGCGCCCCGCCACCCGCGAUGCUGCUCUCCAAGUUCGGCUCCCUGGCGCACCUCUGCGGGCCGGGCGGCGUGGACCACCUCCCGGUGAAAAUCCUGCAGCCAGCCAAGGCGGACAAGGAGAGCUUCGAGAAGGUGUACCAGGUGGGCGCCGUGCUGGGCAGCGGCGGCUUCGGCACCGUCUACGCGGGCAGCCGCAUCGCCGACGGGCUCCCGGUGGCCGUGAAGCACGUGGUGAAGGAGCGGGUGACCGAGUGGGGCAGCAUCGGCGGAGCGGCCGUGCCCCUGGAGGUGGUGCUGCUGCGCAAGGUGGGCGCGGCGGGCGGCGCGCGCGGCGUGAUCCGCCUGCUGGACUGGUUCGAGCGGCCCGACGGCUUCCUGCUGGUGCUGGAGCGCCCCGAGCCGGCGCAGGACCUGUUCGACUUCAUCACGGAGCGCGGCGCCCUGGACGAGGCCCUGGCGCGCCGCUUCUUCGCGCAGGUGCUGGCGGCCGUGCGCCACUGCCACAGCUGCGGGGUGGUGCACCGCGACAUCAAGGACGAGAACCUGCUGGUGGACCUGCGCUCGGGCGAGCUCAAGCUCAUCGAUUUCGGAUCCGGAGCGCUGCUCAAGGACACGGUCUACACCGACUUCGAUGGCACGCGGGUGUACAGCCCCCCGGAGUGGAUCCGCUACCACCGCUACCACGGGCGGUCGGCCACCGUGUGGUCCCUGGGCGUGCUGCUCUACGACAUGGUGUGCGGGGACAUUCCCUUCGAGCAGGACGAGGAGAUUCUGCGGGGCCGCCUCUUCUUCCGGAGAAGGGUCUCCCCAGAAUGUCAGCAGCUCAUUCAGUGGUGUCUGUCCCUUCGGCCCUCGGAACGGCCCACGCUGGACCAGAUCUCUGCCCAUCCCUGGAUGCUGGGGGCAGAGGGGGGCACUUCCGAGAGCUGUGACCUUCGGCUCUGUGCCCUGGACACCGAUGACUCAGCCAGCACCACCUCCAGCAGUGAGAGCUUGUGAGGAGGGGCCUGCGCCUGGCUUGUGGGAACAGAGGGACCACUGACUCAGCCCAGCCACCGAGGACCCUGCCCUGGCUGUCUGCUCCUGAUGGAAGCAGUGACCUCUGUUCCCUAGUGACCUUUGCCUUGGGCACCGGCCUGUCUCCUUUGCUUUGAGUGCCUUUCCAAACACUGCUCCCCGGGACGAGGUUUUCUGAGCUUGCUCUGUCCAGAGACCCUCCGGUGGAAGUGAGGUCUCACAGCCCUGGGUGGGUGCUUGAUUCCCAGUCUGUCUCUUUCUAGUGCUUCUGUGUGGUGGGCCUCCUGGUCUGACCUCAGUGGACCUGGAACACUCCCACACCCUGUAGCCUCUUCUGUUGGGGCACAGGGUCCUAUGUGCCCCCUGUCCACCUCUCUGUGUCGUCUGGGCAUGUCUGCACAAGCAAUGCAACGUCGGGUCUCUGUUGCCCACCCCAGGCUCGCACGUCCUGGCGUGCAUAUGUCUAUUAUUAUUUAUGGUGUGACACCCCCCUGCCCCACCAGCCUAUUUAUUGUUUAAUUUAUUUGUUAAGGCCCCUUCCUUUACAGCCCCUCUCCUCCUCUAAGCUGAAGGGGUGAGGAGGCUGUGUGUGGGUACCCCUGUUACCCUCCUACCUGCGUCUGUCGGAAGAUGGACUUGUACAGCGGCUAAUUUAAGGGGAGAGGGUGACUGCCCCUCCUGGUUCUGCCCCAGGGAUGGGGGUGGGUUUUAAAUUAUUGACCUUGUACAGUGUGCUUGUGGGCUCUGGAAAGUGGGGGGUGGGGGGACAGAGUCCCAAGCCUUUAAUUUAUUUUAGCAACCCUGUUUCUGUGCUCCCGGUGUGUGUAGGCACCUUGGACGGGGGUUUCUUUCAGUUCAAAAGUGACAUGUCUGGAGAUCCUAUUUUUUAUACAGGUAUUUCAAUUAAAUUUGUUUUUGUAUAUAAA